AUGUUUGAUCUCUGCGCCGAGAGGUUGGUGGAGUGCGAGGAGAGGUUUGCGGAGAGGAAUGGACAUCGGUUUGUGGAGAUUUGGGAUAUCGGUGAUUCGCGAACGCCGAUAUACCGAUGCGGAGAUUUGAAGGAGAAGGAGAUUGCGGGUUGGGUGCAUGAGGAUCGAUCCGCGGGUGGCCCUGUGCAAGCUGGGUUGAGAGUGCUGUUGUCGCCAAAACCUUCCGGCAAACCUUCAAGCGGAAAGCUCCCCUUUACGCGAGAAACGUACCAAUCUCUAUCCCACGCAUGGUGCAUCCCAUCUACCUUCCUACGAGCCGUAACCCAAAAACUCUCCAUCGUUACGCAAUGCUCUGUUGCCCCAUGCAUCUCCUCACCGACAUCCUCACCCUCCUUUCCGUGGUUCUCGCAGGAUAGGAAAUAUCCUGCCGAAGCCGGCUCGAGAUCCAGUAAGAUAUCCGACCAAGCAAAAUGCCUGCUAGUCAGAGGCGACGUCGACUGGACAUGGGACUACACCCUCCUCCUAACCCACGACCCUACUACGUCAACAACCUACGUCCUAAUCGUCGGCCUCACCGCGACAGAAAUCGACCUCGUGAUUUCCUACCUCGCCCAGCUCUCGUAUGCAUCCCCACCGCACGUCUCCACGCACCCUUCUCUCCUGCCCAUUAUCUUACUAGACCUCGCUGCCGAUGAGACAUCAUCCCUACUCAAACUGCGCAUCAAGUUACUCAGCCAAAUCCAACAGCGCACCGGUAUGGACCGCUUCAACUCGUUGAAGAGCGCCACGAUUGCAGGGACUGCCAGGGGAGGAGGCGUGGAGGCGCGGAAGAGCUUGGGCGAUGAGAGGCAGGAUCUGGAUCUUGAUGCUGUGAUGUUGAGGUUGACGUGCUUAAGCGACUGGGUUGCGGCGCAGAAGAGUUUUGUGGGGCUCCAGGAGCGAGUCGUUAAGACUGUUGAGGGUAUGCUUGGUGGCAAUGGGACUGGGAUGGAGGAUGCGAGGAUGUUUAGGGAGAGGCUAGACUUCGUGCGCCAGACGCUGCUGGCUGCCGAAGAGAAGUGUCAGUACCUUGAACGAUCCAUCUCGGCGCAAGUACAAACAAUAUACUCUCUUAUAGCGCAAAAAGAUAACCGGCUCAACCACUCCGCUACCAGCGCGUCCUGCCAGAUCGCCUCCGACUCUCGCCGAAUCGCUAUCCUGACCCGCCGUGACAGCACCGAUAUGCGCAUCAUUGCUGCCGUUACAUUGAUCUUCUUGCCUGGAACGUUUGUUGCUACCGUGUUCUCGACGGGGUUGUUUGACUGGGGGAAUGGUGAUCCGACGCAGAAUAACGACUCAGGUGGAAGUGAAAGCGGAGGUGGGAAUAUGGUCUCAAGAUAUAUUUGGGUAUAUUUUAUGUUGACCGGCGCCUUGACAGCGGUAGUGCUGGUUGCCUGGAUACUGUUCUCUUGGGUGCAGAAGCGGAACAUGGUUCGGAGGUUCGGGUUCGACCUUGAGGAAGGGGGAGACGUGAUGGAAGAAACCGGAAAUUCUGGGAAAAGGAGGGAUACCGAGACUACCUUAGUGGAGCGGAAGAAGGCGUUUGACAGGUGGAGGGACGAAAUGUUGGGAACGUGGAAACGGCCGUGGAGAAAAGGACAGGACGAGAAAGUGUUGGCUGAGGAGCAGGUAAAGGUUGCGUAAUGAAGUAAAAAUUACGCUAUGGAAGAUGAUCAAAUAGAUUUUUCGGACGCAGAGUCGUAGAAUG